CCCCUCUCCUGCCUCCUCUCCCUUUCCCGCUACGAUUCUCGGCUGGGGUGUAAGGGAAUCGAACGAGUCCAGAAGCUUUUCGGCCCCGCCGGGACAUGGCAACUUCUCCGGUGGAGGUGUUCGGACUUCUGGAGGAUGAGGAAAAUUCACAAAUUGUGCGAGUGAAAGUUAUAGCUGGAAUAGGCCUGGCGAAGAAGGAUCUCUUGGGAGCUAGUGAUCCUUAUGUGAAAGUGACGCUGUAUGACCCAACGAAUGGAAUCCUAAAUAGUGUUCAAACAAAAACUGCUAAAAAGACUUUGAAUCCAAAGUGGAAUGAAGAGAUAUUAUUCAGAGUAAAUGCCCAUUAUCACUGGGCUUCUUUUGAAGUGUUUGAUGAAAAUCGUUUGACAAGAGAUAAUUUCCUUGGUCAAGUAGAUGUACCUCUUUACCAAUUACCGACAGAAAAUCCAGAUAUGGAAAGACCAUAUACAUUUAAGGAUUUUCUUCUUCACCCAAGAAGUCACAAAUCAAAAGUUAAAGGUUAUCUUAGAUUAAAAAUGACUUAUAUACCUAAAGCCAAUGGAUCUGAGGAUGAAAACACAGAACAGGCUGAAGAAUUGGAGCCUGGCUGGAUCAUUGUGAAUCAACUAAAUGCUGCUUGUCAUUUGCAGCAGCAACAGGAAUCCUCUCCUCUGCCUCCACGCUGGGAAGAAAGGCAAGAUGUCCUUGGAAGGACCUAUUACGUAAACCAUGAGUCUAGAAGAACACAAUGGAGAAGGCCAACCCCUCAAGACAACACAGCAGAUGCUGAGAAUGCUAACAUUCACCAGCAAGGGCAGCAUGCAUUUACUACACGGAGGCAAAUAUCUGAAGAAAUAGAAAAUUCUGAAAACAGAGAUGCUACAGAGAGCUGGGAAAUUAUAACAGAAGACGAAGGUACCAUAUAUAGCAACCAAAAUUUCCCGUCACUUCUGCCACAAAGUAACUUUGAUAUUGAGGCUUUAUUUGUAAGACCUUCUACCUCUGGAAAUUCAGCUGCGGGCCGACAAAUGCUCAACUGUAACCACUUCAAAAGAAGAGGGAGUCUGCAAUCAUAUACUUUUGAGGAACAACCUGCUCUUCCUGUGUUUUUGCCUACUUCAUCUGGAUUACCACCAGGCUGGGAAGAAAAACAAGAUGAAAAAGGAAGAUCAUAUUACAUAGAUCACAAUUCCAGAACUACAACAUGGAUGAAGCCUAUCAUACAGGCAACAAUAGAAAACAUUCAGUUACCAUCACACCAAAGUUCUUCUACAUCUACUCAACAACACAUAACUACAAGUGAUUCAUCACAACUGUCCUCGAAUCAGCAAUCUGAAUUUGAGCAGAGAUUUCUUCCUAAAGGUUGGGAAGUCCGACAUGCACCAAAUGGGAGACCUUUCUUCAUUGACCAUAAUACCAAAACUACCACUUGGGAAGAUCCAAGAUUGAAAAUUUCUGCUUAUCUGAGAAGAAAGACAUCCCUUGAUACUACUGAUCUGGGGCCUUUACCUCCAGGAUGGGAAGAGAGAAUUCACACAGAUGGAAGAGUCUUCUACAUAAAUCACAAUAUAAAAAGAACACAAUGGGAAGAUCCUCGAUUACAGAAUGUAGCAACAACGAGACCAGCAGUGCCCUAUUCUAGAGAUUACAAACGAAAGUAUGAAUUCUUCAGAAAGAAGAUGAAGAAGCAGAAUGACAUUCCAAAUCGAUUUGAAAUGAAACUUCGCCGCAAUACAGUUCUUGAAGAUUCUUACAGAAGAAUCAUAGCUGUGAAGAGAGCAGACUUCCUCAAAGCUAGGCUAUGGAUUGAGUUUGAUGGUGAAAAAGGAUUAGAUUAUGGAGGAGUGGCCAGAGAAUGGUUCUUCCUAUUAUCAAAAGAAAUGUUUAACCCUUAUUAUGGGUUGUUUGAAUAUUCUGCUACGGAUAACUAUACCUUACAGAUAAAUCCAAAUUCUGGAAUGUGUAAUGAAGAUCAUCUUUCUUACUUCAAGUUUAUAGGCCGUGUGGCUGGAAUGGCAGUUUAUCAUGGCAAACUUUUAGAUGGUUUUUUCAUUCGUCCAUUUUACAAAAUGAUGUUGCAUAAGCCAAUAACACUUCAUGAUAUGGAAUCUGUGGACAGUGAAUAUUAUAAUUCACUAAGAUGGAUUCUUGAGAAUGACCCAGCAGAACUGGACUUAAGGUUUACAGUUGAUGAAGAACUCUUUGGACAGACCCAUCAACAUGAAUUAAAAAAUGGUGGAUCUGAAAUAGUUGUCACCAAUAAAAACAAAAAAGAAUAUAUUCAUCUUGUCAUACAGUGGCGAUUUGUAAACCGAAUCCAGAAGCAAAUGUCGGCUUUUAAAGAGGGUUUUUUUGAACUUAUACCACAAGAUCUCAUCAAAAUUUUUGAUGAAAAUGAACUAGAGUUACUUAUGUGUGGACUGGGAGAUGUAGAUGUGAAUGACUGGAAGGAACACACAAAAUACAAAAAUGGCUACAGUGUAAAUCAUCAAGUUAUCCAGUGGUUCUGGAAGGCUGUUUUAAUGAUGGAUUCAGAGAAAAGAAUAAGAUUGCUUCAGUUUGUUACUGGCACAUCACGUGUACCCAUGAAUGGAUUUGCUGAACUAUAUGGUUCAAAUGGACCACAGUUUUUUACAGUGGAACAGUGGGGUACCCCUGAAAAACUACCAAGAGCACAUACCUGCUUUAACCGUUUGGAUUUGCCUCCAUAUGAAUCAUUUGAAGACUUAUGGGAUAAACUUCAAAUAGCAAUUGAAAACACUCAGGGUUUUGAUGGGGUUGAUUAGGCUAUAAAAAACAAUAUAAUAUGUUGUUUUACUGCUGCAAUUUUACAAAUGAAAUCUUGACUUAAAAUCCUCCAGGGAACUACUUCAAACUUGGUUAUUGAUUUCAUAAAUAUUGAAUAAAUGAUGUAAAACCAUACAGAUACUAAAAUAAUUUUAUAGUGAUAAUUACUUCACUUUUAAAGUAACAUCACACACAAUGUUCCUGUAUGAGUAUCUUUUAUUCAUAUCUUAAAGAUAAAAUAUAUCUUUAGAGUUGUGAUUACAGGAUUUCUUCAGUGCCUAAAAUAGUUCUUUCCUCUUCCCCCCCCCCAUGAUUACCUCUUUUACAAUAUUCUUCAGGCAGUUCUUAGACUACUGAAAUUGUAACUGUGAAAACAUUUAUGUAAAGAGUGUCAAGUGUAAAGAAGUUGAUGCAUUCUAAGAAGAAAAACAGAAAAAAAUUGUUGUAACUUAAAUGUUAGGAGAUUUUUGGCAAUAUAUUCCAUGCUGCUUUCAGCUAUUUAUUAUUAUUAAAGGGACUUUGCCUACAGCACCUUACUACUCAACAUAUUUGGAAAACUUUAGAAAGUAUUACUUAUAUUUUGUAGUUACCUAGCAGACUUAUAAACUUUUUUAAUGCUUCAUCUUAAAAGCUCUUUCAGACAACUGUUUUUAACUUCUGAUAAUAUAUAGUUUAUUAAACAUAGUAUUUUUAUAGGUUAACAUAUAAAGUUAAGAUUCAUAAUUGAAUUAAAUGAAAAAUAGCAAAUUUCUUGUUCUUAUGAUUCAUUUGAAUAGUCAAACCAAGAUUUUUUUUUAUUUUAUAAUUUCCGAUUAUAAAAAAACCUAAAAAAUCCACUUUUCCAAAUAUCCAAGAAAAGAUUAACAAAGAAUUUUUUUUCAUGUGUUCCCUGGAAAACUAAGUGAAAUUUGUUUCACUAUUUCACUAUUCACUCUUUAGUCUUGUACAGUGAUAUAGUAAAUAUGUGUUUACAGAGUUUCUUAUGUUUACAGAUUAAGCUAAUUCCUAUAUUGAAUUUUUAUAUUUCUUGCUUCUUCACUUUAGUAUAAAAACCAAAUAUUUGUUAAAAUACUAUAUAAGCAAAGUCAUAGUCAAGAAUGUAUAAUUUGGGGGUAGCUAGGUGGCACAGUGGAUAGAGCACCAGCCCUGGAGUCAGGAGUACCUGAGUUCAAAUCCAGCCUCAGACACUUAACACUUACUAGCUGUGUGACCCUGGGCAAGUCACUUAACCCCAAUUGCCUCACUAAAAAAAAAAAAAGAAUGUAUAAUUUGUUUUAGAUACAUUAUUUACCUAAUUUCUUAUGUUUUUUAAAAUCUAUCAAAUAUGCUGAUAUUUUAUUAAAAAGAAACACCUUUUUAUAAGUAAUAUCUUAUUUUAGUGAACCUGAAGAGACAUUAUGAACUUAUUAAUUUAAUUAUCCAAAAUAUUUUUUAUCAACUUUUAUGUGCAAGAAACUUGGUGCUAUGGGAUCACAGAGAAUAUUUGCAAUCUCUCGUAAGGUAAAGUUUUGCUUAUAUCUGUCCCUUAUGUUAAAGCUAUAUUGGAGUGAACACAAGCACACAAAAUAUAUUUUUCAAAAUGUUAUAUUUGAUGAUUUUUGAAGGAUGCUGUAAACUGAAGUCUGCAUUGAAAAGUGCUUCUUCUGGGGCAGCUAGGUGGCACAGUGGAUAGAGCACUGGCCCUGGAUUUAGGAGGACCUGAGUUCAAAUGUGGCCUCAGACACUUAACACUUACUAGCUGUGUGACCCUGGCCAAGUCACUUAACCCAAUUGCCUCACCAAAACAACAACAACAACAGCACCAAAAAAAAAAAUACAACGAAAAGUGUUUGUUCAUGUUGACUUAAGGGAACUGGUGAGAUGGUAAAAUUGUAGUAUACCAUUCAGCUCACCAAAGAAAUGUUCAAAACUGAGAGAGUUGCAAACAUACUAUAAAAACAGCAUCAAUUAUUUUGAGACCACCCUGUCGUCUUGGUCAUUCACAAAGCAGUCAAGAUGCUUCCCCAGCACUAACACACUUAUUUUAUAGCCUGUGCCUCCCUUCUCCUCUCCCAACCUCCAGUCAGGCCAGGAAUCAAGAGAUCAUUCAUUACCAAAUAGUGCACACUUAUAUACCCAGGACUAAAACAUCAGAAGGAAAAUAUUUCAUUAAAUAAAUUGAUUUCCAGAUGAACAGGAUGUUGUAAAUACGUGUAGUAUAUGAUUUGUCGAUUAAUUUCAUACACAUCAUGAAAGCAGUAUUAGUGUGAAGGCCUGAUGUUAGUAUUAUUAUUUUCAUUAAAGUUACAUUCUGCCUGCAUUUGGGAUCAUAGUUUAGAUGUAAAUUUGUUAAAAUUAUAGCUGUCAAAAACUGAUCUGAAAAAGAAACAAAGUUUAUUUAUUCAACUGAUUUUUCUUUUAAAAUUUCUACAACUCAUUUUGUUAGAGGAUGGUGUUAAUGAGGUUGCACAGUGACAGGUCUGCAACAUUUAAAAGACAACUCCCUGCAGACAAUUCUGUUCCAUGGUCACAAGUUACAUCUUUAAUCCUGAGUGACCUUCUCAAAGGUGCAUAUUAUUUGAUCAGAAAGGGUUGUAGGUUGUUUGUAACCCAUCACCUCUAAAAGAAAAAUUGGAACAUGUACAUCCUUCUGAUGUUGGGUGAGUAGAAUCAUCUUUACACAUUUUUUUCCCAAGAAUUUAAAGCACAUAAUAUCAUCCCAUAUUUUCCUGUAUUUUGCUAUGUUUUCUCUGUAAAUAUUUUCCAAACCUUUCCUACCAAAUUAUACUAUAAAUGUAAAUGAUACUUGUAUUUUGGGUUACUGUCAUAAUAACAGUUUGUGUGAAUAUUAUCAAAAUAAACACAAUAACUGCCACUUUUAUUACAUGAU